AUGGCUUCGUCGAAGCUUCUCGCCCUCGGGAUCCUCCUGCUCGUCGUCGUCAACCUCGCGACUUUCGCCGUCGCCGACGACGACGACGACGACGACCGUCCGAAGCGCGAUCGCAAGCGGGACGGCUCCGGCAACCGCGACCAGGAUCGCGACAGGGACCGCGAUCGCGACGGCUCCUGCAGCAAGUCCGGCGGCUGCGCCGGCAGCGGCUCCGGCGGAAGACAGAAUACUGGCGCCGGCCGGCAGGGCGGCGGCGGCGCGGGCGGGCGCGGAGGCGGAGCGGGACGAACGGGGAGCGGCGCUGGCGCUGGUGCGGGUGCGGGUCGUAGCGGGCGGCUGGGCGGCAGCAACAGCGCGGGGAAGGUGCGGCAGGGCAAGAAGGGCGGCGGAAACUGCAGCGGCGGGUCUGGCUCGUGCAACGGCGGAGGCGGAGGCGGAGGGUCGGGGAGAAACGCGGCGGCAGCGAGCAUUCAGAGCGCGGGGUACGUGGUGGCGGAUAACCGGGAGAGGGAUCGCAAGAGGGAUGGGUCUGGCGACCAGGACCGCGACCGCGACCGCAAGCGCGACGGCUCCGGCUCCAGCUCUGGUUCCUCCCAGUGCUCCCGAUCUGGCGGGUGCACUGGCAAUGGCAGCGGCAGCGGUGCUGGUCGGCAGGGGUCGGGGCAGCAGCAGGGCCGCGGUCGUGGCGCAGGCGCAGGUGCAGGCGUGGGUGGUGGUGGUGGUGGUGGUGGUGGACGUGCAGGCGGAGCGGGCGGCAUGAGCGGAGGGGCGGGGCGGCAGGGAGCGGCUGGACGCACUGGCGCAGGUGCAGGGAAGGGGGCUGGCGCGGGGAUGAGGGGGAGCGGUGGGGGAGGUGGGAACUGCAACGGAAGUGGGUCUGUCUCUGGGCUCUGUACUGAAAUCGUACCUGAAGUGGAGGAGGACCUAUGGCAUGCGUACAACCUCAUUGCUCCGCAUGACCAUGUGCAGAGCACCACGUUCAGGUUCGUGCUCAGGUGGAUGCUCAGGAAGGUGCAGAAGGAGACGGGAGGGGGCGGCAGUGAGUCGGAGAGGAUCAAGCUGAGGCUGGAAGUGACAGUGGAGGUGAGUGGGGAGGGCGGUGGCUAUGCCUCUCUCACGCUGCUCUCAUCUCAUCUGCUCCCGUCAUCGCAGCUAGGGUCAUACCACACACUGGAGCUGGAUCUGCAGCGGGCCUUCACACUCACCAAGGACGUGUGGGACUCAGUGGCUAUAGACCGACUCAAGGAGGCAUGUGGUGAGUGGGUGGAGGGGAACAUGGACCCUUCAGCCAAUGCGGACUUAGCAGUGGUGGUGAUGCAGGAGGGGCUGGCUAACGCAAUCAAUAAGUUCUUCGAGAAUGUAUUUCAGGGUGUGCAACGGCACAUUGACUUCAACGUUAUCCGCUGCCUGCUUAUAGCGAGUCCUGGAUUCACCAAGGACCAGUUCUUUGAGUACAUGAUGCUGGAAGCAACACGGCAGAACAUCCGAGCCAUCAUAGAGAACAAGGCUAAGAUCGUGCUCGCACAUUCAACAUCGGGAUACAAGCACGCAGUGAAAGAGGUCUUGGCGCUGCCAGCUAUCAUGACUCAAAUCAAAGACACCAAGGCAGCUAAGGAGGUCAAAGCACUCGAGGACUUCUAUGCCAUGCUCUCAAACGACUCAGCACGGGCCUUCUACGGUCCCGGGCACGUGGAAGCAGCAAAUGAGCGCCUUGCCAUUCACACACUCCUCAUUUCUGAUGACUUGUUCCGCAACGCCGAUGUGAAGACUAGAAGGCGUUACGUGGACUUGGUGGAAUCAGUGAGGGCGUAUGGCGGGCAAGUGCACGUCUUCUCCCCCUCUCCUCCACAAACCCCCCCUUCCCCCCCUCCCCCUCGCCUUUCCCCCCCACCAUCACCAACCCACUCCCCUUUUACCACAGGAAUCAAUGCCGAUGUGAAGACUAGAAGACGCUACGUGGACUUAGUGGAAUCAGUGAGGGCGAAUGGCGGCCAAGUGCACGUCUUCUCCUCCCUGCACGUCUCUGGCGAGCAGCUGGUGAAUCUUGCUGGGAUCGCUGCAAUUCUUCGCUUCCCACUGCCAGAAUUGGAAGACAUGGAACUAUAG